CCUGCUGUAUGUAAACACAAGCGAGUCGAUGCGAAAUGAGGAGUCACAUUACAUGCUAAUUUCUUCACCAUAAUCUGUUACUAAAGUAUCCACUAGGCCUCUUGAUAAAUAACUAGGUGUUUUGAAUGUGCUGUUAACCAUGAUUGUUUCUUAACUUUGAAGAGACACAAGUACUGUACUCCAGUCGUGAACUCAACUGGGCAUCGACUUCUAAGAACGUUUCGGGUGCCCCAUUUACUACCCACUUUCCCAGAUAAUGGAAGACUUCUCUGGUUUGGCCCUCCCUCCUCUAUUUGGGGGUCACAUCCUGGAAGCGGAACUGGAGCCAGGUGGUGUGGAGCUUGGGCCCGGGGAGGUGGAAUUGGGCCCGGGGGGCAACGAACUGCUGGAGAGUGCUGCCCCAGAGGACAAAGAGAGAAGAGUUCUUGAUAAGAGGAAAUAUCUGGCGCUGAAUAGACGAUGCAAAGAGAUUGAACAGGUGAAUCACAAGAUCCUCGGUCGCCUUCACCAAGUCCAAAGACUUACGCGACGUCUGAAGAAAGAAAGGCGGUUCCUCAUGAAGACCCUCGAUGCUCAUGGAGACGACUACAGGAAUGCUCAGCUCACCAUGCUGCUGGAGGAUGAGCCCGGAGCACCUUCGGAUGUAGCUCUUGGCGCUGCGGACGAUCGGAUCAACGGCGUGACGGGUUCCACCUCAUCUCCCGCUUUUCACCAUCCCUCUGGGCCCAAGAAGCGAAGACACGUUACGCCGAAGCAAGAGAAGGACAAAGAUUUACAGAAUGAAGCAGAUAUGUCGGUGCUGUCGGACGCGCAGUUUGGAGAAAUGCCCAGCCCGACCUCACUAUCACACUGACAGAAAUAAAUGCGUGUACAGUAAGAGGCACACAGUUUGACCAGUUUCAUCAGAAAAUAAGUUAGUGAACAGGUGCUGUCUUGUCUCAUUUGGAUAUUUUCCUCUUUGUAUAAUGACGUCCCAUGAUCGCACUUCUUUUUUUCCCCCCUCCCAAAAAACGUUUUGCAAUACAUUUGUGUGCAUUGUUAUUUGCCGAUUUGAUUAGUGGAUCUGCUGUGAAUAUUUUGUAAAAAAUGUUUAACAAUGGUUUUGGUUGUCUUUUUUUGCGGGUUUUGAAAUCUAGAUUACACCCAUUAAAAGCAGUAGAAUGCUGUCA